AUGUUAGUUUAUCUUUUACUAAUUGAAACUUCAUUUUUCAGGCUUUCAGCUUUACUGCCUUUUCUGCCGCUUCUCAUGGAUCCUUUGGUUUGUGCUUUAAAUGGAAGCCCACCUAUUGUUUCUCAGGGCCUGCGCACUCUGGAAUUGUGUGUCGAUAAUCUUCAGCCGGAAUAUCUGUAUGAACAUAUGACUCCUGUAAGGGCACAGUUAAUGCAUGGAUUGUGGAAGGCUCUUUCAGACGGAGAUGCUGGCACUCAUCCACGUGCUUUUAAGAUACUUUGUAAGUUUGGCGGGUCGAAUCGAAAAAUGCUCUCCGAUCCUCAAGAACUAAUUUACAAUUCAAAAGUCUCACCGUUUUACCCUGCUUUUGAAUUGACAUUCCUCCGCACCCUUCCAACUGCAAUUGCUCCAGACGAUCCACGGUUCUCGGAAGGUGGAAGCGACCCUUUGCGUUGCUCUUUGAGCGUAAGAGAAUUGGUUGCAUCUGCUCUCGAGAACUUACGCUCUCCGUUUAUCUUGGAUCCUUCUGUAACUGUUUGCGCUUCCCCUAUGCAGCCUUCAACGCGUAUCGGCUACAGUUUAAGGCGCCACUCCUUUAUACUUGUGCGAAGUGUAAUUUUAUGUAGUUUUAUGCCGCGAAAUCCCAACUUGCUUCAGAACUCAUUGCUGAAAGAACGACUUCUUAGUGAACUUGAGGGCAUUAGAAAUGAUGCGCGUUCUUACGCUCAUAACACUUUCAAAUGUUCUGACAGUGAAUCUCGGUUGUUAUACAUUGAUGCUUUGCAAGGACUUUUCUGUUUGUUUUUUUUCUUAUAUUUUUUGGAUUUGACAUUCGACUCAGGGUAUUUUAAUUUAGACGCAUUCGUUUCUCGAGAUUUGAAAGAUGAAGCUGCUGAUUUGUUUAAUAGUGUUAUUCGUCAGUUAACAAUUCAAGCUGUGUUUGAACAUCGUGCAGAAGAACGAGGACUGAAAAAAAUCGAUUUUGAUGAAUGUAUGGAUGGAUCUGUGCUUGUGGAUGUGUUAAUGAAGGUCUUUGCUGACCCUUGUAAAGAGGUCUCAGACUCAGCAGUUCAAGCUUUAUCGCUAGUAAAGGAGACUUUAAUGACCUUAUAUGGUGUAGCAGGAAAGGCUCUGCAGUCUCCCUUAUUUCGAGAGCUCUUUUAUAAAUGUAUUUCUUUAUGUUACACUGAUGCUUGGUACGCUCGGCUUGGAGGGUGUUCAGCUAUUAACUAUCUUUUGACAGUAGCAACUCAAGAUAUGAUAAUUGAAAAUGCAAAAGAAAUUCUUUCUGCGCUCUUUGAGGUUAUCGUUGGUUUGAGCGAUGAAGUUUCUAGCUCAGCAGUUGACAUGUCUAUUAGUGCGCUUGGAAAGCUUUUGGAGGCAUGCUUUGCUAGUGGUUCUAAUCAGCUAGAUAAAUCCUUUGUUGCCGAGACUUUUGUUUAUCAGGCAGUUAAACAUCUUGCAGCUCCAUCAUCUGUGUUGAGGAACGAGUGUCGCAAGCUACUCUCCAAAAUUGCAUCAUUGAUGGAAGUGUCUUUAAGUGAACUACUUGUUCCCCAAAAGUCUACUAUUCAAGGCGAACUGCAAUCUGGUUAUGCAGAUUUUGUACGAUUGUCACUUUUCCAUCAGUCUGCAUUCUUGGAGUUUUUUGAGUUUGUUUAUUCACUCGAACCACCGUUAAUGGCAUUUUCUUUCAAUGGAGCUCUUGAAUCGCGAUUUAUUAACGAAUUAUUUUUUAUAUGUGACACUGACGAUUCUGUUUUGCUAAAGAAAAAUAAUUAUCAGCCGUCUCGGUUUGUUGAAGUCUCGGCUCUUGGUGGUAUAAGUGAUGCGAGCCUUGUACUGUUCAAGCAAGCAGUAUUAAAAGCAGUGCUUGCAUGUUAUGUUUCUUCUUAUUCUUACUUCUCUGUUCCACGAGUUUUGGAAGAAGAGAAGAACCCGGACACUGCUACCUGGGAACCAGUGGCGAUUAAGACUGAGGAAGGAACGGAGGCAAAUAACAGACUAAUGUCCAGUUCAUCAGAUUUUGACCAUUCUAAUUUGCAAGAUCAACUUUUUACCACUGCACUAAAAUUCAUUUCCAAUCACAAUUCGAAGCUUCAAGAAACUGCGUAUAGCGCUCUAAAGGAGUUGGCAUUGAAAAUACCGCUAAGGACAAAUCUGAUUCGCAGUCAUUUAAGUAGUAUUCUAACGUUAGUUGGAGGUGACACUUAUCGACCAAUAAGUAAAAAUGUGGCAUCUCAGUUGCAGUACUAUGCUAAGCUUGAUUUCAACGCGUUUGACGAAGACUUCAUUGCAAGACUGGAGUCUCAUAUGAGAUUUUGGCCUGAUCUUCUGCAAGAUGUAACUGUAGAUGAUAUUAGUUCAGCAUUAAAAAUUCUUGAAAUGCUUGCUGAAAUUCCAGCAGCCGGGCCCCAAUUUAUUGAAGUUCUGACCGUCACGUUUGCGCAUUGGGACACACUGCUUAAUUCACUCAAUUGGCGAAGCCCGUUAUUAAAGUAUCUUGUGAGGUAUCCUCUGGAAACAGUUCGUUUCUUUGUUUUGGAAGAAUGUGUAACCGAUGAAGGGAUCCAAAUUAUUAAACACAAGGAUGCAAGUCGUAUACGUGAGGUGCUAAUGGCUGAUAGCACCUACUUUUUACACCUUCUGCACGGGGAGACUUUAAGACGAGAUAACUCUUGGUCCAAAAGUGUGUUACAUUUAUGCGACAUGGAGCUACUUGCUUUAAAAUUAAUAGCUAGCGUUGGAGAAAGUCAUUUAAACUGGGCUUCUAGAGGUAGCGUGGACGUUGUCAAAACUGUUCAAGCCCUAUGGACUGACAAAGAUUUUCGAUCUAGAUACACAGCCAAAGACUUCAUAGAAGAACCACGUUUUGAAGUGCCAAAAUUAGCUGCAUUAAUCAUGCUUCGGUACUUCAGAGCUAAUAUCGACGAUUUGGGACUUCUUUACGAUCUGUGUUUCGUUUUCUUGAAUCAGUUUACCAGCGAUUUUAGUUUUUUUAGAAUCUUCGUUGAGGAGCAAAUAAUACCGGUUUAUUCAAUCGAAUGGCGUCAGAAUGCAUUGAAGUAUGUUGUUAGAAAAUUUGAAGAGGACCCUUCUUCUGCUCAUAACGAAAAUAUAGUGAAGAUGCUGCAAUAUGUUAUAAUUCCUUGUCUCCAUUAUGCUUUUGAAAGAUAUGAUGUUGAUUUGGUUGUCGGCACUCCUCCAAACCCUGACGUACCUGAUGAUAAAAACCUAAUAUCCUUAAUGUGCCACAAGGUCAUGAAUCGUUCAAAGUUUCAAAUGAGCGACUCCAUGUUGAUAGCAUUGUUCCAAUUGGGCUGUUUGUUUGUUAGCAAUUGCCCUGCUCACAUACAUAAUUUCGCUCAAAAGUAUGUUGCUUCUUUCGUUGGUUUUGAACUAUAUAUAUAUACAUGGCCAUUACACGCCAAAUCGCACAAGUGUGAACCUCGACCUCUCAGAUUUUUUUCAUUUUUUGGCCACUUGUAGCA